CUUGGAAUCAGGGAGGCGUAAAAGACUGGCACUGACCUGGAGCGGCAUUCAUCUUGUUGGCGAAGCACCGGGAGACGCAAACAUGGAAAAAGAUGCCCGACCCAACUGGGACAAUCCCAUGCAGUUCGUGAUGGCCUGCGUUUCGUACGCGAUCGGACUGGGGAACGUGUGGCGCUUCCCGUACCUGUGCCAGAUGCACGGCGGAGGGAGUUUCUUGAUUCCAUAUAUGCUGAUGCUUCUUGUCGAGGGUGUGCCCUUGUUCUACAUGGAGCUCGCCAUCGGUCAAAAGAUGCGCUUGGGAAGCGUCGGGGCUUGGCAUGCUAUUAAUCCUUAUUUGGGUGGAGUGGGACUUGCUAGCGUCAUGGCUUCCCUGUAUCUUUGCCUCUACUACAACAUCAUCAACGCAUGGAGUUUCUGGUACCUCUUUAAUUCAUUUCAAUCCGUCCUGCCUUGGUCACAGUGUCCUGCUAAUGCCAACUUGACAGGACCGCUAGAAGAGUGCCGGAAGGCUUCUUCCACGCAGUAUUUCUUUUUCAGGGAAACACUGAAUAUUUCCCCCACUAUUGAAGACACCGGAGGUGUGCAGACAAGCCAAGUUUUGUGCCUUCUGCUUGCCUGGGCCAUCACUUACCUGUUCAUUAUACAUGGAGUAAAGUCAUCAGGGAAGGUGGUUUACUUCACUGCCACGUUUCCCUAUGCGGUCCUCCUCAUCUACCUGGUGAGGGGUUUAACUCUACCUGGCGCCAUCAAUGGCAUCAAAUACAUGUUCACCCCCAAGCUGCAAGAACUGGCCAACCCGCUGACGUGGAUGAAUGCCGCCACUCAAAUCUUCUUUUCUCUGGGGUUGGGCUUCGGGUCGCUGAUAGCGUUUUCCAGUUACAACCAGUACCACAACAACUUCGAGCGACAAGCCAUCACUGUCGCUUUCAUAAACAGCGGAACUUCCAUCUUUGCUUCCGUCGUCACUUUUUCCAUCUAUGGGUUCAAAGCCACAGUGAACUAUGAGAACUGCCUGGAGAGGACACGAAUAUUACUGCUGAAUGCCUUUGAGCUUGCAGAGGAGACGAUCAGCAUGAACAAUGUGCUUGACUGGGUUGUCAAACUCAAUGCAUCAAACCCAGAACAGUUUGCUCAACUUGGCAAUAAACUGGAAGCCUGUGACCUGACCUCUGAACUCGAUACGGCAGUGGAAGGGGUCGGUCUUGCCUUCAUUUUGUACAGCGAAGCCAUUCAGAACAUGCCACUGCCUCAGAUAUGGUCAGUGCUGUAUUUUGCAAUGCUGCUGCUCUUGGGCAUGGGUAGCAUGCUGGGUAAUAUCACCGCCAUCACCACCCCGCUGCGAGAUUUUAAGUUCCUGGCUGGCGUUCGCAACGAGGUGUUAAACGGUAUAGUAUGUCUAGUCUUGAUGCUGCUCGGCCUGGGCUUCACAACGCCUUCGGGAAAUUACUGGUUUAGCAUGUUCAACGACUACGGCACCUCCUUCUCACUCCUCUUCGUGGUCCUGAUUGAGAUCAUCAUCGUCAGCUACAUCUACGGAAUGAAAAGGUUUGAAAAGGACAUAGAAGACAUGCUCGGCCACCGGCCCAACUGGUUCUUCAAGAUCAUGUGGGUGGUGGUCAGUCCCCUGAUCCUCAUCGCCCUCUUCAUCUCCUAUAUUGUCAACUACAUCAGAGGAGGGACACCCACUUACCAAGCAUGGGACAAGGAGCUGGGAAAGACGGUGCUGACCAACUAUCCCGUGUUUGGUCAAGUCUUCAUCGGCGUGUUGCUGGUAUCCGCAGUGAGCUGCGUUCCUCUUACAGCUCUGCACGUGUGGUGCAGGAGGAGAAAACACAGCUACAUCAGAGACGAGACACACAGCAAAGACGACAGAAGACAAGACGACAUGGAAGAACGCAUGUGAGACACGGAGAAAGAAGACAAAAGAGAGACAACAGAAAAAGAAAUACACAUUGAAUGGGACUCGAAACAUCUUUCAACCCAGAAUGGACUCAAUUUCUCUGGAAGCACAAACGCACUUUGUCUUGUCAUAGGAAGUGUCAAAGUGAAAACUACAAAAAAAACAGCACUGACGGAACAGAAGCAGUUUCUACGACGCCCGAUAUUGACCGCAAUCCCGACGCAUUCAUUCAUUCAUUGGACGACAUCCGUCCAUGCAUUUUCCUCUGCUUAUCCGGGUCGCGGGGGCAGCAUUCUCAGUAGGGAAGCCCAGACUUCCUAGUCCCCGGUAGGACACCGAGGCCUUCCCAGGUCAACUGUGAGACAUACAUUCAUUCAUUCAUUUUCUACCGCUUUUCCUCACGAGGGUCGCGGGGGUGCUGGAGCCUAUCCCAGCUGUCUUCGGGCGAGAGGCGGGGUACACCCUGGACUGGUGGCCAGCCAAUCACAGGGCACAUAUAGACAAACAACCAUUCACACUCACAUUCAUACCUAUGGACAAUUUGGAGUCGCUAAUUAACCUAGCAUGUUUUUGGAAUGUGGGAGGAAACCGGAGUACCCGGAGAAAACCCACGCAUGCACGGGGAGAACAUGCAAACUCCACACAGAGAGGGUGGGCCGAGGGUGGAAUUGAACCCAGGUCUCCGAGCUGUGAGGUCUGCACGCUAACCACUCGACCGCCGUGCCGCCCGUGAGACAUACAGUGGUAUGAAAAAGUUUGGGCACCAAGAUUGUUCUUUAUAAAUGACCGUUUUUUGGGAUCAACCAUUUCAGUUAAAUAUAUCAUAUACAGGGCUCGACAAUAACGAUGUACCGAUGGCCCGGGGCAAGUUAAAACAAAAUUGGGGCAAGUAAAUCCAAUCAGUGAUAUUCCCGUCGGGCAAGUGUACUUUGGCAUGCCAUACUGCCAAGAGUUUUUUUUUAAAAGCGGUUCUUGUUGGGUGUUGGUAAAACACGGACUGCGUAAUUCCGGUGCUAAUUUGCAAACCAAUCCUUGCAAAUCUUGAAAUGGACCAAUCAGAAUCGCGUUUUACCCACACCCGUUCUUGUUGGCGAUCAACCAAUGAGCGAUGGUUUGACUAGGAAAACAUCUAUCAUGGCGUCCCUGCCAACAUGGUCUAAUUCUUCAACAACUUGUGAAGGAAAAGAGCAAAAAGUGAUGAAGCAGUGCCUCCUAAACAAGUAUUUUAUUAGCGGUUAGCAAAUCAAAUGAUGGCACAGGUGAGUGAAUCACAUUGCUGUGACAAUUUGAAGUGGUCACAAUGAAACACCACCCAUUAGAUCCAAUACCAAGUGCUGAUUUUGCACAAGCUACAAAAUCUAGCGCUUCCAUUUCUCGCUGGAUUUUUCUCACCUUUGCUUCACAAAUUAUUGUUUGACAAAUUGAGCAUUUUUUUCUGGAUUCAAAACACUUUACUAGUACACAAAUGUGUCUAUUCAAUAAUGUUUCAUUGUGGUGCACAACUUAUAAAUAUCACUGCUUACUACGACUACCAUGUGUAAGGUAGUAUGGCAUGCCAUGUUAACAUACAUGGAAUGCAUCAGUACUAUUAUCUGAUGAAUUAUCAGCAUAUUCGGGCAAGUAGUUCUCACCUUAAGGAUUCCCCAUGGGCAAGUCAUUUUUGUUUUUAAUGUAGAGCCCUGAUAUAGCAGACAAACACAGUGAUAUGAAAUGAGAAGUGGAAUAAAGUUGAUAGGAUUUACAGAAAGUGUGCAAUAAUUAUUUAAACAAAAGUAAGCAAGUGCAUAAAUUUGGGCACCCCAACAGAAAAAUGACAUGAAUAUUUAGUAGAAAUAAAUACUUCCAAUUAGGUUCUAGAUUCUACUUGAAGGUAUUUUUGACUAUUCCUCUUUCCAAAACAUGUCCACUUGAGUCGGGUUUGACAUAACAGAUUUUCAAUAAUAUUUAGGUGUGGAGACUGAGAUGGCCAUUCUAGAACGUUGUACUUGUUCCUACUGCAUGAAUGCCUUAGUAGAAUUUCAGCUGUGUUUAGGGUCAUUGGAGAUUUUUCUUGGCCUGCCACUCCGGGGCCUUAACUAGAACUGUACCUGUGGUCUUCCAUUUCCUCGCUAUGUUCUUCAGAGUGGAACCUGACAGCUAAAAAUCGCUGAGCUAGCUUUUUGUAUCCUUCCCCUAGACCAUGAUGUUUAACAAUAUUUGGUUUUGAGGUCAUUUGAGUUGUUUUGAGGCUACCGUGGUGCUACUCUUCAGAGAAGGGGUCAAUUCCGGGGCCAAACUUGUUCAACUUGUACAUCAAUGAUAUCUCCAAAGUAUUGGGGGGGGGGCAGACUAUAUAUUUUACACGUAACAGUCCACCUGGUAUUAUUGUAUCUGUAAAAUUGUCAUGCAAUCUGCUAUUAUUAUUUAUUAUUUUAUAUUUAUAUUUAAAUAUUUUAAAAAUAAUAAAAUAUUAUAAUAAUUACAAAAAAUUAAAAUAAUAAUUAUUAUAUUAUUAUGUAAAAUAUACAAAUAUAACAAUAAUAUUAUAUAUAAUUAAUAUAAUAAUUAGCAUUAAUAUAAUAAUUAUAAUAAUCAUAAUAGUUCUAAUAAUAAUAAUAAUAAUAAUUAUUAUUAUUAUUAUUAUAAUAUAAUAAUUAUUAUUAUUAUUAUUAUUAUGUGCUUGUGUCCGUUUUUUCAGGAGCACUUUGUAAACAACAGACCAUGUCAAAAAAACGAAAUUGAUAAAACCAUCAAAAGGUUGGCUCAGGCCAUGAUGCCAGGUUGUAUGUUGAAUUUAAAAUACUUUGGAAAGAACAGGCGGACCAUAUUCAAACACUUGGCGGGCCGGAUGUGGCCCCCGGGCCGUAGUUUGCCCACGCCUGCCCUAGACCAUGAUGUUGAACAAUCUUUGGUUUUCAGGUCAUUUGACAGUUGUUUUGAGGCUACCAUGGUGCUACUCAUAAACCAUGAGUGCUUUACCAGAUGGAUACCAAAUAACGAGGGUGCCCAGUUCUGCACCUGCCUACUUUUGUUUAAAUAAUUAUUCCACACUUUCUGUAAAUCCUAUCAACUUCAUUCCACUUGUCAUCCAUCACUGUGUUUGUCUGCUAUAUGAUAUAUUUAACUGACAUGGCUGAUCCAAUCAGCUAGUGAUUUAUAAAGGAAAAUCUUGAAAAUGACCAGGGGUGCCCCAAAUUUUUCAUACCACUGUAAACCCUCCAGCGUGUCCGAUGGCUGCCCUGGGGCCUUCUUCCGGCUGGGCAUGCC